AUGGAAGAAAAAGCCGGAAAACAUCUCACCCAUCUCUUUUGGCCCAGCGACAUCUCACCUGGAACCAGUGGAUAUUUGAUCGGAUGGCGGUUUCAGAACGCUGCAUGCGUGGCCACUCUUGUAACCCUUCCAUGGCUGCAAUCAGAUCAACUUCGACACGUUCAACUGGAGCUACACUCGACACAGAACUUGACCGUUGAACCUCUGGGAUACAUCUCGGACCCGGAGACCGCGCCUACUCCCGGUCGUCAUCUAUUUCCGUCAGCUACUUGGAUUGAUCUUGAAUUUUCUGGGAAGGUACCACGACUGUGCUCUUCGGAGCAAGAUGCAAUGCUUGUUGUGAUAUAUGACCGACCGUCCAUGAAGCGACACCACUUUUUAUCCUUGCAACCCCUAUUGAAAUCAUCCACCAUGUUGAAAAAUCGUCAUCAACAAGUGAAGAAGUCGGAUUUACCUGCAAAGAUGAGAAGACUGAAUGAAGCCUACAGACUGAAACGUCAUUGUGACCAACUCGUACAUGCGAUUAAUGCAAAUACCACUCAGAUCAAUCAUAGUCAGGAGUUGAAUGAAAGAGCGCACGGGAAAUAUCUAUCCGAUGUUACAAACCAAGAUAACAACCAAGACCACUCGAAAGCUAAAUCUAAGCAUCCAUGGCCUAAGCCCGACUCUUUUUUCGCCUGCUUGAUGCUUUCAACCACAGUUGGCCUGCGCGCUACCAAAAGAUAUGGAGAGAAGAGCCUACCACGUUGCUUGAGCGCCGGGCCGAAUAUGUCAGGUAUCUGCACUUACACUUAUACAACUGUCAUAGAACUAUUUAAUACACUAUGGCUCAUCGCUAACGAUAUCAUCUUCGGAAGAUCUAGCGCAACAUUCCUCAUGGAGAAUAGAAAUGUACUCGCAGCCUGGCUUGAAACUAACCUUGAAGAAUACACUGUCGCUUUCAUCAAGAAAGCUUUGCAAUGGACAAAUUCUUACCCCGUCGGAUUAAAGUUGAAUGAUGAGCUGUGCGAAACAUUUUAUACAGGCUCGGUAUUGAUCGUCGAUCUUUGGCACGCAUAUGUCCUUAAACCAACCUUUGGCGCUCUCCCCCAUAUCCUUUUGCUGACCGGUUAUGCCAGUUUCUGCGGCCAUACAUUCACAUUAGCCGUUGCUUCCGACUUCUUUGCGCUAUCAACAUUUCACUUAUGGCUAGUCUACCGCCUGUUCACUUUCGUGUUUAGCUGGCAUCUACAAACGCUCCAAUUUUUGUUCAACAUAUUUCGAGGCCGAAAGUUUAACAUAUUACGUGAUAGAACUGAGCCUGCGACAUAUCAGCUAGACCAAUUGAUCCUUGGCACGAUCCUCUUCACGUUGGCGACAUUCCUUUUCCCAACCGUAUUAGCUUUCUAUCUACUCCUCAGUGUCCCACGUUUAUUGAUCGUCGCAAUACAUGCCAUCAUCGAUACCGGCCUAUCAUUACUAAAUCACUUUCCGCUGUUCACAGUCAUGUUGAGACUCAAGGAUCCUGCUCGACUUCCUGGUCUGUCUUGUACUCGUCAUAAAGUCCGUGUAACCUGGGAUACGUUUUGUCCCCUUGAAGCAAGGCCCACAAUACUUCCAACUAGAGAUUACAUUGCUCUGUGGGCUGAACUCACGUCGCACUACUCACCUCUUGAACUUAUUUCUCGUUUAUUGACGGGUAGGCCGAUUGCACCACUUGCUGGUCCACAUCAUUAUCGUUGA